CAAGUUCAGUCCUCACCUCAUGCAAAUAAUCUCGGACUAAUACAUCGUAUAUCUGUCUUACAGGAACAGAUGCAUUUGCAUCUUGGCUGCCUGGAGUAGAGAAGCGUAAGACAAAGUGGGGUUGAUUCUAGUUAUUUGAAUAAGAUAUAACUAUCUUCAUUCCCAUCAAAAAGACAGCGGAACGAACGUGCCACGAGUGCCACGAGAAUAGUCAAACCAUACAUUCGAACAUAAAAAUAAAAAUAAAAAUAAAAAAAUAGAAUGGCAGGGCCUAACCCAGGACAGAAGACAGUUCUAGUAACUGGUUGUACUCCAGGCGGCAUUGGACAUGGUCUAUGCCUAGAAUAUCAUCAACGAGGUCUCCAUGUCAUUGCGACCGCCCGAAGACCCGAGGUGCUGGCCGAUCUCGCGGCCUUGGGCAUGAGCACCCUGGCACUCGACGUUACCGAUGUCGAAAGCAUCAAGCAAUGCCAUGAAGAAGUCGCAAAACUAACAGGCGGCAAGCUAGAUAUUCUCGUAAAUAAUGCUGGCCGUACGCAUACGCAUCCCGCGACGGACAUUGUAUUAUCGGACGUCCGACAGACCUUUGAGACUAAUGUGUUCUCGAUAAUGGCUAUGGUACAGGCCUUCAUAGAUCAGCUAAUUGCAGCGAGGGGCUUAAUCAUCAACAUUUCCUCUCUGUCGUCUGUUACCCCUUAUGUAUUCGGCUCGGUAUACUGCGCGAGCAAGGCCGCUGUCGUGGCCUAUUCGCGCACCUUACGAAUGGAACUUGCACCAUUUGGAGUACGCGUGAUGGUAUCGAUGACUGGCACCGUCAAGAGCAACACAGCAGCCCAGCCUCUUCGUGGUCUACCGGAGAGCAGCCUCUAUAGUCGCGCCAGUGCCAUAUUCGAUUGGAGAGUGGUAUUUAGUCAGAAUGCAUCUACAUUUCCCACCGAAAAAUUCGCGAAAAAGCUGGUUAACGACUCUUUACGCCCAGAGGUCCCAUCAAUCCUAAGGCGUUGGUUCGGACGGCCCGAUUGGUUCUGGUCCGGCGGGAUGGCGAAUUUCGUAUGGUUUGGGACAUGCGUAGGCGAGUGGCUUAUUGACGCCUUCUGUUGGCGCACUUUCCGCAUGGACGAGGUAAUGAAGCUGGUCAAUGAAGAACAGAGACAGAAAAAGUUGAAGUGAUGUUGCUAUCAUUUUUACCUCUAAUCAAUCUUCUGUAUGAUUAGUAGGUGCGGGACUAUACUAUAGCCCAUGAGUUUCUCCAUAGCGUACACGCUUUCAACUUGCCCAGCGCUUAUUCGCUUGAUCCUUCUGACAAAUGCAGCCAGUGAGGCUAGUACAACGGCUACUCUUCGUAAAAAAGAAAAACAAAACUUUAGAAUAUGCAAGAAGAUAAAGACAUUAGUUCAGUACUUCGCCGCGCAUUGUCUAUGUUGGCUUGAUAUUAUGUAGCACGUGUACGCCUACCUAACAAUUACAUUUUUAAGAAGC